CCGCCGGGCAGGAUGCGCGGGGGCUGCGCGGUGGCGGCGGUGCCCUGGCUGGCCCUACUGGCCCUGGCCCGGCAGCCUCCCGAGAAGCCGUCGGCCGCCCCCCAUGUCACCCGCCGCCCCUUCCUGGUGGCCUGGAACGUGCCCACCCAGGAAUGCAAGCCCCGCUACCAGGUGGAGUUUGACUUCAGCAUCUUCGAUCUGGACGCCUCCCCCAACGAGGGCUUUGUGCGGCAGGACCUCACCAUCUUCUACAAGGAGCGCCUGGGGCUCUACCCCUACUACACCCGCGAGGGUGUGCCCGUCAAUGGCGGUGUCCCUCAAAACAGCAACCUGCUAGAGCACCUGGCCCGCCUUGAGGGCGGCAUCACCAAGUACAUCCAGUCGCCCACCAAGGAAGGGCUGGCUGUCAUUGACUGGGAGGAGUGGCGGCCUGUCUGGGCUCGCAACUGGAAGCCCAAGGACAUCUACCGGGAGGUGUCACAGAGUCUAGUGUCAGAGCGUAACAAGGACUGGCCCCCCGAGAAGGUGAACAAGCAGGCAGUGUUUGAGUUUGAGUCGGCUGCCCAGGAGUUCAUGGUGAAGACCCUGCGUAAGGCCAAGAGCAUCCGACCCAAGCAGCUCUGGGGGUUCUAUCUCUUCCCUGACUGCUACAACCAUGACUACAGCAAGAACAAGGAAAGCUACACUGGGCAGUGCCCAGACGUGGAGAAGACCCGCAAUGACCAGCUGGUGUGGCUCUGGAAGGAGAGCACAGCGCUCUACCCCUCCAUCUACCUCGACCCACUCCUGGACUCCACUCCCAACAUCCGCAAGUUUGUGCGGGCACGGGUGAUGGAGGCCAUCCGCAUCUCCCAGCAGCACCACGACAACUACUCCCUACCUGUCUUUGUCUACACCCGGCCCACCUUCAUCCGCAAGCUGAAUGUGCUCAGCCAGCUGGACCUGAUCUCCACCGUCGGAGAGAGUGCAGCACUGGGUGCAGCCGGGGCCAUUUUCUGGGGUGAUGCAGAUGAUGCCAAAAAUCGGGAGUUGUGUCAGACUUUGAAGAACUACCUGGAGGGGGACCUGGGGCGCUACAUCGUGAAUGUCUCGACAGCAGCAGAGCUCUGCAGCACAACACUAUGCCAGGGCCAGGGGCGCUGCCUGCGCCAGGACAGCACUGCUGAUGUCUUCCUCCACCUCAACUCUAGCAACUUCCAGCUGCGGCGCCGGGAUGCAGACCACCCCAAGCACCCCCUCUUCUGGGUCGAGGGCCAGCUAUCCUCUGCUGACAUCCUCUUCCUACGGACCCACUUUCACUGCCACUGCUACCAGGGCUGGCAGGGCAGUAGCUGCCAGACGCCCACUGGCCCUGGCAAUGAUGCCCCUGGGCCCCUGGCACCACUAGGACUUGGGGUGCUGUUGCUGCUUGCAAGCUGGUGCUAACCCCCCUGGACUGAGCUGCCCCUUUUUGUGGUGUAGGGGCCUAUUUAAGAUAUCACUACCCUGCCUGGGAGGCAGCUUGUUAUGAGGGCUGCCCCUCACUGUGAGGGGCAGAGCUGUGUUGCCCCAUCUCUGCCCUCCCUGUUGCAAUGGGGAUGGAGGGAGGAGGGGGGCCCCUCUCCUGUUGUAAAGAGAGGGAUGGGGGCAAGAGGGACAUGGGGGUGGGGAGUGGGUUCGUUGUGGUGCUGAGCCCCUGUGUGCUGCCCCACACUCAAGUGCUUUACCUCGAAUAAAGCUGGUCAGAG